UCCCCACUCAAAGUAUUUACUUCACGGUAACCUGAGCCCGAGGACGGUUCUGUCCCAUCAGGACUCGGGUGACGCGUUACAGACUGGCAAUGAUCCGUCCUGUUCAUAUGUUACAGAGAGAGAGAUGARACCUGGUGACAUGCCUGUGGGCUUAGAUACACAGACUAAUCCAAUGAGAGGGGACUGGAACCAGUACUGUAGUGGUGUAUACUCUGAAGAGCGCCUAGAUAAGAAAGGAGAGGGUCUGGUCAUAGAUGAGGUGACUGUGAAUGUGGAGGGUGACGCUCCUCUGACAUGGAAUGCAGACAAGACUCACUUAGGAGGCCAGCCGCAGGGCAACACUAGUGACUUCUUAAACUACAGGGAAAGCUUACAGACAAAUCCAAAUGUUGCAACCCACUACCCUUUACACACGCUCAGGGAUCGCGACCCAGUGUCCACGUCGAUGGCACCUUCCGAUUCACACAGACACYUCCUUUUCGAUCAGGUAUUGAACUCAAARGACAGGGCUAGAGCCCAGGRUCAGGGAYGGGGAGCUACAUCAGGUAAUAGUAAAGAGAAARGMUUCCUCUGCAGMUUCUYUAACAAAGGCUUCAGCUACCCCCAGAAUGUGGAGAUCCACCAGAGGAUCCACACAGGGGAAAAACCCUUCAGCUGUACCCAGUGUCAAAUGCGCUUCGCUCAGGCUGGCACCCUGAACAGACACCAGAGGGUCCACACAGGGGAGAAACCCUUCAGCUGUACCCAGUGUCAAAUGUGCUUCGCCCAGGCUGGCAACCUGAAGAUGCACCUGAAGGUCCACAUGGGAGAAAGGUCUUCUGAAGUUUAGAUCAAACCCUGCAUUAAAGACAAAGGUGCAUUUUCAUUGUUGACAUAAAAUAUCCACAGAUGCAUUUGGAAUAACGAGAGUAACAGAUUUCAGUGUUGAAUAUUCCUGGGUAGAAUAUUGCAUCCAGAC